UCCAAGGUUAUGGUAUCGGACUAACUGCUAAGCGCAAAACCCAAGCCGCAGACCCGAACGGCAACAUCGCAGUACGAUUCCUAAUCUUUCGUGGCAAAUUUGUGUUGGAGGCAAGUCUAGGUUUUUUCGUGUUCGUCCGCUCUUCCCCGACGCGCCGUGCAGUUAUUUUUCGAGCUCUUCUCAUGGCUGCCAAACCUACAUCUACAAUGGAAAAAGAACAGAUCUUUGGGAUGGCGGAGAAAGAGAUGGAAUACAGGGUAGAGCUCUUUAACAAGCUUACUCAUACAUGUUUCAAUAAGUGUGUUGAAAAAAGGUACAAGGAGUCUGAACUCAACAUGGGUGAGAAUAGUUGCAUUGAUCGCUGUGUUUCAAAAUACUGGCAGGUGACUAACUUAGUAGGGCAGCUGCUUGGUUCCGGUCAGCAACCAAUGUGAGGCCGGGGACUUGAAACAAAACUUCUUGUAAUAGUUUUUCGUAUUUCUUGUAAUAGGGAACAGCAGCUUAAAACAAUUUUAUGUUUAAUUUUGUUGUCUACAUUUUUGGGAAUAUUUACAGGUUGAAUGGUUAUUAUAACUAUUUAAUUGGUGAAUGAAUUAAAGUACUAAUCUUAGUGCAAAUUUAAAGAUA